AUUAAUGGCUCCGCCUCCGGCAGACAUAUUGCUGAACUUACUGGAGCAAAUUCUUGAACAUAAGCAGAAAGAAAGGCGCUCAAAGUUGUCAACAGUUCGAAUUCACACCAUCAUACGCCUGAACCACAUGGAGAACCUAAUGGAGCCGUCCGCCAGUCCGGCGAAGGAUAACAACUACCGGAUGAACCGCUACAAGAACAAAGCUCUGAACCCUGAGGAGAUGCGCCGCAGGAGAGAGGAAGAGGGCAUCCAGCUCAGGAAACAAAAACGAGAGCAACAGCUCUGCAAACGAAGGAACGUGGACGUCCUCACUGAAGAGGAAGCCAUGCUGGAGAGUCCUCUUGUGGAAUCGCAACUCAGUUUACCAGUCACAGAGGGAGUCAUCACCAGAGAUAUGGUCGAGACGCUGUUUUCAGAAGACCCCGAGCUUCAACUCGCCACCACGCAAAAGUUCAGGAAACUUCUCUCCAAAGAGCCCAACCCGCCUAUAGAUGAGGUUAUAAGCACAAGCGGUGUCGUGGAGAGGUUUGUGGAGUUCCUUAAGAUGAGCAGCAACUGCACACUACAGUUCGAAGCCGCUUGGGCUCUGACCAACAUCGCGUCGGGCACGUCCAUGCAGACCAAGACUGUGAUUGAAGCUGGAGCUGUGCCCAUCUUUAUUGAGCUUCUUAAUUCAGACUUUGAGGAUGUGCAGGAGCAGGCUGUGUGGGCUCUGGGGAAUAUUGCAGGAGACAGUGCCUUGUGCAGGGACUAUGUGUUGAACUGCAACAUCCUUCCUCCACUAUUAACGCUCCUGACUAAGUCCACUCGACUGACCAUGAUCAGGAAUGCUGUGUGGGCCCUGUCGAAUCUCUGUAGAGGAAAAAACCCUCCGCCCUCCUUUGAAAAGGUGUCGCCCUGUCUCCCGGUACUCUCCAGACUUCUAUUUAGCAGCGACUCAGACCUACUGGCAGACGCCUGCUGGGCUCUGUCCUACCUCUCCGACGGACCCAACGACAAAAUCCAGGCUGUAAUUGACUCCGGAGUCUGCAGGCGUCUCAUCGAGCUGCUCAUGCACACAGACUACAAGGUGGUCUCUCCUGCCUUGAGAGCUGUCGGGAACAUCGUGACAGGAGAUGACAUCCAGACGCAGGUGGUGUUGAACUGCUCCGCCCUGCCUUGUCUUCUACACCUACUGAGCAGUGCCAAAGAGUCCAUUCGCAAAGAAGCGUGCUGGACCAUCUCCAACAUCACGGCCGGAAACCGAGCGCAGAUACAGACAGUUAUCGACGCGAACAUCUUCCCGGUGCUGAUUGAAAUUCUACAAAAAGCAGAGUUCAGGACCAGGAAAGAGGCCGCCUGGGCCAUCUCCAAUGCCACCUCUGGAGGAACGCCAGAACAGAUCAGAUAUCUGGUGAACCUGGGAUGCAUCAAGCCACUGUGCGAUCUGCUCACGGUGAUGGACUCCAAGAUCGUCCAAGUGGCCCUCAACGGCCUGGAGAACAUCCUGCGGCUGGGCGAACAGGAAGCCAAGCAGGAGAACCAUGGCACGGGCAUCAAUCCGUACUGCAGCCUCAUCGAAGAAGCUUACGGUCUGGACAAGAUUGAGUUCCUCCAGAGUCACGAGAAUCAGGAGAUCUACCAGAAGGCCUUCGACCUGAUCGAGCACUACUUUGGGGUGGAGGACGAGGACAGCAGCCUGGCCCCACAAGUGGACCAGGACAACCAGCAGUUCCUCUUCCCUCAGCAGGAGGCGCCCAUGGAGGGCUUCCAACUAUAAGGCUAAGGUUUUUCUCUUCCAUUGGAUUGGGGAGUAGUGUGGGGAGGGGGGGCGUUCUUGACUUCAUACCCCUGUUCUCUGUCACCGGGCGAAUACGCCUUUCUGCCACUCGCUGUGGAGGUCCCUCCAUGGCCUUCUUGAUUAUUUGGAAACUUUGUCAUUUUCAUUCCGAUUUUGGAACAAAGCCCUCUACCCCCUUGAUGUUAGCCUGACAUCCCUGACAGCGCGAUUAAAUCUCAACAAAUAUAGUUUCCCUUUUACGUUCUCCCCCCAACAAAUAAUUUUCUUUCAAGGAAAGCACUUGUCAGAGAGGUUGAGGGAAGGAAUUGAUUUAAUCCACUGUGGGAGGGCCUUUCAGAGUCGAAUCACAAACAGUGUGUGGGUGGUUUUUUUUUUUUGUAAUUAGCGGGCAAGAGCAAAUAUCAAAAGGGUGAAACCAUGUGUUCAACAGUAAAUUCCGGGUUCCUACUGGUGGUUCAAUGGAUGUUCAAAAUGCUCGACGUUAUUAAUAAGGAUGACUUUUGAAUUGUGAGGUGAUCUAACAUGGAAAAAUCUGGUCGUAGUGGCUGCAAGUAAAUGCGCAUCUGUAUACGGUAUUUAGAUGAGCGGCUUUUGACAGUACGGUGAGAAUUUUGAGCUCUGCUUCUCAGCUGCAUGUGGUCGAAUUGGUUUUGUGGCUGUCUGCCCAUCUCGGGCCUCACUCGCAUAGCAGGAAGCAGUCAUGCUCAUGUAGUGGUUCUGUCACAUACUAUAUCGUGCUCGUGGAUGUAUAGCUUUUUAUAGGCGCUGAAGCCCGUGCCAUCAAUUGCAACAGAUUUGCAUGGUUCUAGUGUAGCGACGCUGUUACGUAGCCCCAGGAUGCUUCUCUGAAACAGAACAGCGUUCCAACUUUAGUCCCAUUGGGUUUUUUGUUUUGUUUUUUGUUCUUUUUUGGGGGCGUUGAUUAUUAACGUAUUUGUUUGCACGCACACACUUGCACACGACAACUGCAGACACUACACAUAACAGAUGACUGGCUAGUUGCAAGCUAACAAAAAGUUUCCAUUGUCUGGCAAUUUUGAUAUUCACUUGCCAAAAUAUCAGCUGAAUUAAUGCAAAAUGACACAACUUUUCCUUAAAGUAUUUAUACACUUGUACAAAAGGGCAUCAAUUCAAUGGGAAAAAUGAUUUACUUUUUUCCAUUGUUACACUUUUUUGGGUAAUAAUUUGUGACUACACUUAAUGAAUACAUUUUUUUUUCUUUUCAGAAUGGCCCUAAUACUCCUUCACACAAGAAGCACAAUGUAUGGGGAUAUAUAAUUUGGGCUAAAUAAUUUUUUUGGGGGGGGGCAAUUAUCUGUAUCCUAGUGCAAAUUUACUUUAGGGGUCCCCGACAUGACCACUUUCACCACACAACCUGAAAUUGGUUCAACGUGUCUACCCGAAUAAAGACCCACGAUGAAAUUGAACAUUUGGUUUUGAAGCAGCCAUUUGGGGUGAAUCUCAGGCCUUGUAUUAUGACCCCUACGAGGGUAUCUGCCUGAAUAAGCCCCAAUUGGAAGCUGGAUGGACGAGCCCAAAUUGCCAAAUCCAUCCAUCGUCCGAUAUUUUUUGCAAUUGACGCCACGGCCAAAAGGUAGUUGUGCUGUAAUUUAGAGUGGCAAAAUGCUUUCUGUAAUUGAAGCUCCUCAACUCACUUUUUUUGUUGUUGCAAUAUUAUGACUUAAUUCUUCAAACAUUUAACACCGAUAAUACCGCAAGACACAAAAGGACAUAUGAAAACUUUUCAUUUAGCCAUUGCUUAUAGCCACUGUGACGUUUGGAUGGUUUUAAAUGAGUGGCGUAAAUGCUGACGCGGGUGGUCCGGCAUGCAGGCUUGUAUGGCGCAGAAGUCGCGUUGGUAUCGUGUGAUGUUUUGACUGAGCGGCACUGUGUGAAGAGAGAGCUCGCGCGACUCUGACUUCCUUCCCCCGCCAGAGUCCCGGAGCACGUGUGUUCUGUGGACGGACUAGGACGACUCUCCUAUGCUCGUGAUUUGUCUUUUCAUUGACAACAGCACCACUCAAUCGCACUCUAGUUGACAUGCUCUCCACAGAGCAUGUGUGCUCUUUAAAAAAAUGUCUAGAAUAAUAAUAUUUAUAUACUGUACAACAGGAGUGGGAAACUUCAUGCCCUAAAUAAAAUAAUCACCCUGGAAAACGGGUCCCCCCCCCCCGUUGUAGGAGAUGAAAGCACAUCACUACUUGAGCAUCAACAUCUUACUGUAUAUCCUCUACAUCGCAAUCAUGUGGAGUUGGAUAUUGAGUCUUUGAAAAGGAAAAAAAAAAAAACAGGAAGAUGAAUUCCGUAAUACUGCACUCCUAUUCACAAAAGUGCCAAUCCGACCAACAAUCUUUGACCUCUAGAUUACUUUUUUCUUUAUAUAUAUAUAUAUAUAUAUAUAUAAUCUUUUAUCCACUUGAAUGUGCACACAUACUGUGCAAAAAACAUUGCUGCUCUAUUAUUUUCCUUACCUUUUUUAAGUUAUUUUGCCAUUUGUUAGAAAAAAAAAGAGGUGGCUUUCUUUUCUGUGGGCGCCUGAUUAAGAUGUGUCUCUAUGUGGUCUUGAUGCAUUGAACUUCUCUCUCCAGCUACUCUGCCCCCUUAUUAGUCUACUAACGGGGUUUGCUCUACGUUUAUUCAAGCUGCGGAAAAUCACUUUCAUGUGGCUAUUUGUAGAGUAGAUGUAUAGUGUCCAUUGGACAAUUUCAGGUACUGACCUUUGUUUACCAAAGUUCCUCUCCUGAAAUCGAAGGCUGUAAUGUUUCCGUUCAAAAUCCCUCUCUUGUCAUUGAUGGAUUCCCAUUCACUGUCAAGGGAGUCGAUUGAUCAAGUGAACACCAACCCGCGAGACUGCAAUAAAUGUCCCCCC